ACCGAACCCGGAAGUGGCGGCCGCAGGCGGGAGCGGCGUGCGGGAGCGGGUUUUUGGUGCUAAAUGGGGGCGUUAAGUGGGGCUGGCGCGAUGGGAGCGGCUGUGGCGGCCUUUUACGUGACAGCUGCCCCCCACUCGGCGCUCGGGGGAGAUUCUGGGGAACUGAUCACAGCUGCCUAUGAGCUUGGAGUUGCUCAUCCUCCGGGCUACCCCCUCUUCACUCUUUUGGCUAAACUGGCCAUUGAGCUUUUUCCCUUUGGUUCUGCUGCGUAUCGUGUCAAUCUCCUCUGCGCCUUAUUGGGGGCAGCUGCAGCAUCGCUUCUGUUUUAUACAGUUGUCAGGCUUUCUGGCUCGCAGGCGGCAGGAGUCUUUGCUGUGGGGAUGUUUUCGUUUUCCCGUCUAACGUGGCAAUGGUCUAUCACAGCAGAGGUUUUCAGCUUAAACAAUCUGUUUGUGGGGCUGCUGAUGGCGCUUUCCGUGCUAUUUGAGGAAGCAACAACUGCAAAAGAGAGAUCAAAGAUCUGUAAAGUGGGUGCCUUCUCUUGUGGACUUAGCUUGUGCAACCAACAUACCAUUGUGAUCUACGUGCUUUGCAUUGCUUUGUGGGUUUCCUCUCGCUUGUUCAUGGAGCGUGAGCUGACCCUGAGCAAUGUGCUGAAGUUAAGUUUCUGCUUCUUGGCUGGUUGUCUGCCUUAUCUGUACUUGCCUAUCUCUGCCUACCUCAACAAAGCCCGCUGGACCUGGGGAGACCAGACAACCUUUAAAGGAUUUAUGAUCCAUCUUCUCCGGAAAGAAUACGGCACAUUCAAUCUGGCAAAAUUGGAAAAUGGAUCCAGUACGACUGAUGUAUUGCUUUUUCAGGUGACCCACAUGAAGAUGGAACUUUCCCUCGUUGUCCAGGCCUUUGCAAUUGCUGCAUGUGUGUGGUGUGCAGUGAGGCCGAAGACAGAGAAGUCACAGCUGAUUUGGCUGUUUACGUCAAUAUUAUUGACAUACUCCUUUUUCUUUGCUUGGAGGGCAAAUUUGGAUAUUUCAAAGCCCUUGUUUAAGGGGGUGGUCGAGCGAUUCUGGAUGCAAAGCAAUGCAGUGAUUGUUGUUCUAGCUGGCUUUGGCUUCUCUUUACUUUUUUUUCUUGGUGAGACAUUUCUUGGAAGCAGCCGAAUGAUUUACAGUUUGGAAUGGCUUCUGGCAGCUGUCCUUGUUACUGCUCAAAUCUAUUCCAAUUACAGUGUCUGUGACCAAAGUAACAACAAUGUUAUUGACCGGUUUGCAAUGAAUCUUUUGUCCUCCAUGCCACCAGAUGCCAUCAUCUUGCUAAGAGGGGACCUGCCUGGGAAUUCUCUUCGCUACAUGCAUCAUUGUGAGGGUAUAAGACCUGAUAUCACCUUAGUUGACCAAGAGAUGAUGACUUACCAUUGGUAUUUGCCAAAGCUGGCUAAACAUUUACCUGGUGUCACCUUUCCUGGAGACCGUUGGAAUCCUGUAGAAGUGCCAUUACCGGAUGGAACAAUCACAUUCAACCUCCAUCAUUUCCUCAAAGUAAAUAGACACAAAGACACCUUUGUUUGUAUUGGGCUCCAUGAAGGUGACCGUUCCUGGAAAAAAGAUUAUUCCCUUUGGCCCUGGGGCGCUUGUGAUAAACUUGUAUCUUCAAAAGUUCCCUUUGAUCCCGAAAUGUGGGUUGAGCGUACCCAAAAUCUCUACAACUGGACUGAGGAAUAUGGAAGGUUUGAUUCAUCUUCCUGGGAGUUAGUAGCAAAUGAAGAGAUGUGGCAAGCCAGGAUGAAAACAGCCUUCUUUCUUUUUGACCUUGCAGAAACUGGUUCCACAUCUGUGGAAGAGAAAGCAAAGCUUUACACACUUGCUUAUAAGCUGUACAAGGAAAUUGUAAACACGUAUAAAACUCAUCCAGUGAACUGGCACAAAAAUUACGCCAUCGCCUGUGAGAGGGUGCUACAUUUUCACCCAGCGAGAGAAGACCCAGAGGUACUACUCUUAGAAAUCAUCAAACACUUCCGCCUUUACUUGGAGGAAGCUGCAGAUGAUCCCCAGCAGAGCAGUAUUUUGCAAGCCAUUAAGCAUAUGAAGAAAGAACUUCGGGAAGUGAGAAAACUGAAGACAGCAGCGAGGCGACCUGUGUAGGACAUGCUGAGCUCAAGGGAAGAUCUGCUGGAGAGGAAAUGAAGAGUAAGAGAAGGAUUCCACAGACGGAAACAAAGCAAACUUAAAUGCAGUGUUUUAGAUGGGAGGAGAAGACUAAUCAAAAGAAGGGUUUGGUGGUAUAGAGAAGCAUGAACAAAGGCUGAGGGACAUGAAUUGGGAUUUUUCUUCCUUUUGAUGUUACAAUGUGAGGUCAUUAAAACGAAGCUGAACGUCGGAGAGUCUAACUGAAAACUUCUUAACACAGUACGUUGAUAAUUAGAGCCCUGGUGGCGCAGUGGUUAGAAUGAAUUAUUGCAGGCUAACUGCCCAUUGUCUUGAGUUUGAUCCUGAUUGGUUGAUGUUUGACUUAGCCUUUUAUCCUUCCAAGGUUGGUAAGAUGAGAACCCAGAUUGUAGAGGAUAAUAUGCUGACAUUGAAAACUGCUCAGAGUGUGCUGUGAAGCACUGUGGAGCAAUAUAUAAGUCUAAGUGCUAUUGCUAUUGCUAAUUUGCUUCCCUGCCAGCUACAGUCAAGUCUCCCUUGAGGUCAGCUCUGAUUAUAGGAUACAUCUACAUUAUAUUGUUUUCUUGCUGACAAUAUGGAAGCUGUCUUCUUCUGAUGUGGUUCUUUCAACUUCCCAAUCAAGCUCACAGCCUUGGCAUUUACUUGGUGGUCUCCCAUUCACAUACUAAACAAGACUGACCCCGCUUGGUUUUUUUAAGAAUCAGGUAUGGUUGGCUAGGCAUUGUCACUCACUGUGAACAUGGCUACCAGAUAGAACAGAGUUGUCAAACCAGCUUGACAUCACUUGUAUUGGGGACGCCUGUGGAAGCCCGAGCAAUCUGCCAAUGAAAAGAGGCUUCCAAGUUCUGUUUCCGACUGUGACAGCCUCCUGCAGUCCUCUGCCAGUGAAAACAGGUUCCCAAACUCCGUUUUUGGCUGCGAUGGCCUCCUGCAACCCUCUGCCAGUGAAAAUGGAGCUCAGGAGGGCUGCUCCUAAGCUCCAUUUUUUGCUGGCAGAGGCAACUUGGGCCAGUCCUUCGCUGUUUCCAGGGAAGCCCCACGGGCCAAAUCUAAGCACCCCACAGGCUGGAUCUGGCCCCCAGGCCUUGAGUUUGACACCCCUGAGAUGGAAUAAAAAGUAGGUUUAUAUUAACAGAGAGUUUGAUCAUUAUCACUUUUGCCCUCGUACCAAGCAUGGAGUAUCACAAAAGCAUUCAGUUGAGUACUUUUGGGAGAACAAUGUUGGAUUUGAGAUGCCUCUGAUCACUAUAUUCGUAUGUUCUGUUUGAUUUAUCCAUUUGUAUAUGUUAAUAUUAAGUGUUAACUAUUUAGUGUUCACAUCAGAGUCAAAAUCUUAAUAGCAAAAACUGACCUGAUGGAAUUGGGCAUUUGAUAAUCACAGAAUCCAUAAAAAUUAAUGGACAGUUUACCUCUUGAAAGCCAGUGGUCUCUGAACCACCAACUUCUUUCCAUAAAAUUUACACUACUUGCAGCUUUUUCUGAAUAGACAUGAUCUGACCAAAAUUAGUACUAUAGGUAAUCCUUAUUUAAUGACUGCCUUGUUUAGCAACUGUUUGCAGUUUUGAUGGCAAUGAAAAAGUAAUUUUGCAAUCAGGCCUCACAUUUACGGUUUUCACAGUCUGUAAAGCAAAAGAAAGCUGAAGUAAGAUCAUAAACAGAUGUGUGGUUUCAUUUAGUGACCACUUCAUUUAAUGACCAAGUUGCCGGUCCCAACUGUGAUCAUUUAAAUAUACUCUAAUCAACUCGGAGGUAGAUUAUUAUAGAAAAAUUCAAAAAGGAUGGACCAUAUUUUAUAAAUUGAGUAUAUGUUAUGAACAUCAAAGGUCUCGGCUUCAAUCACCUACAUUUCUUCAAUAAGAAUCAGAGGUGCAACUGAUUUCUGUCAGAUUUUAGAGAGCCAUUGAUUAUAGUUUCAGGUAUUUAAAAUAAGUUGUGAGAGGGCUGCUUCACAAACUGUAGUGAGAAAUUGGAUUUCACCCAGUUUUUUUCCACACAAAGUGCUUUUUUGAGCAUUAUAAUCCUCUACCUCUACCCUUUUUUGGACUAGAUAACUUUAAGGAUUGAUAAUUUCUAUACAAACUUGUCUGAUUGCUAAGAUCUUCCUUGGAUACUGCCUGCCGGUUGAAGUAAGGUACACUCAAGAUGGGGUAUAUCUGAACUUGGACAUCAUGUGCAACUGUAUAUCCUUGAAAAUAGAAAUAUGUACUUCCAGUCAUAAUGUUAUAGUUCUGCCACAGGAGCAAAGGCAAGUCACUAAAUGGUUUUCUUACCAUUGUCACGUGUCAUUAAUGGCAGAGCUCUGACAAACAUCUUUUUAUUAUUCCACACAUUUUAAUUGUAGAUUUUUAUAUUGUUCUGAUCCAGCUUUGUUUUAUUUAACCUCUUUUCUAGCUUUUGAAGGAUGCUCUUGAUGUUUGUUUUAUUUAUAUAAUACUGUUCUUUUGUAUUUACUAGUUGCACUGAGAGAUUUUUACCUGAAUAACAACAUGAACAUGUUUUUGAUAAAUAAGUAAAUACUUGCAUUUCCAGUCUGUCUUGUUAAGGUGUCCGUGUUAUAGAAUACCUGGAUUUAUCUGAUAAUUGGAGUGAUAGAAAAUCAAAAACAGCUUCUCAUUCUUUCACUUGCAAUCUCACCAACUAUAUAUUUUCUCAGGAUUAUCAUAUUUUUGCACCAACUCAUAAAAGAUGGAUUUGCAUCAUAGAACAUGAAAGUCUUUUAAAGAAUGCAAUUCCAUGUAAACAAGAUGAACGGACUUCUCUGGGAUAUUAUGAUUUUUUGCACAUUUAGAGAUCGGUUCUUGGAGUGUGACCAUCACAUCUUUUCAGGAGUUUCAUCAAGAAUAUAAAGGCCACGCACGUUCUUUUGUUCUAGAAAUUAUUCCAAUAACCAUGGCUCAAAUAGGAAAGAUGCCCUUUUAUUCUUGCUUUAGUUAAUUCUCUUAUGAUAACAUAUUGCAGAUUUAUUAUUCUAUGUGGCUAGCAACUGGUGGUAAAAGGAGAUAAAGAAUUUUUUUCUCAGAUUCGAAGGAGAAUUCCAGUAUGCAUACUAAAAAGUAAAACUCUGAAAUUAUGAAAGGAUUUCUUCUCAGAAAUUUUAUUAUUUGGAUAUGUGUAACUCUAUUUUGCACUGUUCUUUUUAAUUCAGUAUGUAGAUGUUUUCUAAAGUAAAUCUAGAAAUUCAGUGUAAAGGUACUUCCUCCAGCACAUUUUGCAUACAGAGAGGCCUCUUAAUGAAAAGUAUUACAUAAAAUGUUCAAUUGCCUAAAACCACGAUAGGCAGCAGAAGUUAAUGUUUGUGGAUUCAUCUAAUGAUGAUCAUAGUAUAUGAAAGACUGACAAAAUGUAAGAUGAAAAGAUGGUAAAAAGCAUCAAUUGGAAAUGAAAGGAAAAGCUAUAGUCUUGAAAAUUGAGAAAAGUGGAGUUUAAUAGAUGAGAAUGAAGAUGUUCUGAUCUAGUUACUGAAGAAACACUGAAAUGACACAUGGAAGGAUUGAUGUAUUAUGUGUUUGUUUGCAAAAAAAACAAAAAAAAAACAAAAAAAAGAUGUUCUGAUCUUAUGGAAUGCUCCAUCAGUAGAAUUAUUCAAUAAAAGAUUAGACGGCCAGGAAUUCUCAUACUGUCCAGGGUGGUAUGAGAAUUCCUGCAUUGCAAAGGGAGUUUGAUGAGACGACCUCAAGGUUCCUUCCAACCCUUUCAUCUACAUUUGCAGUUCUGUCUUGGUGCUAAUACAAUAAAGAUGAUUCAAUAAUACCUAAAUUAAAAAAAAGGCUUCUAAUGUGAUUUAUUCCAUUUGAAUCUUCCAUAGCUGCUCAGUUUACUCCUUAUAAAGGAAAUGACUGUUGUUCAGCUCUGUGUACAGUAUAACAGAGUAGCAGAACAACAGAAUUGGAAGGGACUUUGGAGGUCUUCUAGUCCAACCCCCACACCCCCCUGCUCAGGCAGGAAACCCUAUACCAUUUCAGAUAAAUGGUUGUCCAGUCUCUUCUUUAAAACCUCCAGUGUUGGAACACCCACAGCUUCUGGAGGCAAAUUGUUCUGUCAGGAAAAUUCUCCUUCGUUCCAGGUUGCUUCUCUCCUUGAUUGGUUUCCAUCCAUUGCUUCUUGUCCCUCAGGUGCUUUGGAAAAUAGGCUGAUCCCCUCUUCUUUUUGGCAGAUCCUGAGAUAUUGCCACACUGCUAUCAUGUCACCUCUGGUCCUUCUUUUCAUUAAACCAGCAUGUCAGGAACAUACUUGCAUGUCAGGAACAUACUUGCAAAAUGUAAGUUUCUCAGCUGCCCCCCCCCUCCUUCAUCUGCCACAAACGGAUCGGAUCAAUGGCCAACCUGGUCUGGUACGUAUUUGAAAGGUAGCAAACCGUCCUGCCAACAGACUUGAGAUCUGUUAAUUCCAUAUGGCAUGUCUUUAGAUGAACAGAAACCUUCAGAAGCACUGCCCUAAAUAAGCAAGGAGAGAUCAGAGCUAUUUGACAGAAAUUUAAUUCUGAUUGCUCUCAUGUAGCACUGCUGUGCUAAAGAUGAUCAAAUGCAAGGUGAGAGAGGAGAAAGAGACGAGAGAGAGACUCUUCCACUAGGCUCAGUUGCAGAAACCGGUUGCCAAGUAAAGGCAUUUUUGCAUUCUUCCUCAUUACUUUCCUAUUUAUGUUUUCACCUCCCUGUUUGUUCACUUGUAGAUCAGGUCCUGUAAUUAGCUGCAGAACCUACAGCUUACAUUUUGAAGGGGGGGCUUUUCAUGGCAAGCUUUCCCCCCCUCUUUUUCCCUUCUCCCCCCCUUCUUUCUCUUUCUUGUGUGUAUGUGUGUGUGUGUGUGUGUGCGCGUGCGUGCGUGUGUUUAUUCCAGCCAUAAAUUCAUUUUUGUUGUUGUUGCAAGAAUCUUUUCCCUCCUCGCCCCACCUCCGCACAUGAAGUAAAAGGGAACAACGUUAAGAAAUGCAAAUAAUGGCUCUUUCUUUGAUUAUGACAGUUAAUUAAUAGCAACCUGUUUUAAUGAAUUAAGUCACUCACGGCCCUUCAGCACUUCCUAAGGAGUAGCCAGAAUCUGUAGGGAUUCUUUCCCCCUUCCAAUUGUAUAGCGCCUAGACUCCCGAGCUCUAUGUAGGCCCCUGUAUAGAAAUGUCCGCUUAAUGAUGAGGGAGGGUUUUCCAGCUUGCCUGCAUUCAAAGAUCACUGGUGAGUUAUUCAGGGGCUGAAAAGGCCCCUUCUCCCCUGGCGAGGAGUAGUCACAGUUCCGCACCAUUGUGUUAGCCGAGGUCCUUGAUCAAAGGCCUCCUAGUGAACUCAACUGGGCUCUCUUUCAGACGACGGCCAUAAUUAAAGCCACUAAUUCUCUUUUAAAAGUGCUGCAGGAUGCCAUGUAGGCAUCUGUUUGGAGUGCCCUUUGUGAUGUCAUAAGCUGCUAA